UUUCACGUUGCAAGACAAAUACCGGUAACAAUAACAUAAUAAACAACCAGCUGUUGCAUCAGGGGUAUGCGCAGCAGCGCGCCACGGUCUCCAGCAGAAGAUGGCAGUGUUUCAAACCCUCCCAGUGGGCAGGGAGAGCUCAUUCCUGGGUCGGAGCCGGCCGGCAGCAGCGCGGUAUAGCCUCCAUAAUUUGGUAUAUAAGUCGCAGGACUAGCCAGACUAUGAAAAAAAGUGCGACUUAUAGUCCGGAAAAUACGGUACAUACCCCACCAGGUGCGUCCCCUGAGGACAAGUAGGAGCCCCCUGCUCCGUUCUCAUUGUUGAAAAAAAAAUUGUCAACCGUAUUAAAUGACCAGCUAAUCACAUCCAUGAUGAAUAAAAAUAGAGUUUUAGGAGAAAUGCAGAGAAGUGCUCUGUAGGCAGACAGGACAAGAGCCUUGGAAAAUAAGAUGAGGGAGAGAAAAGAGAUGUCUUUGUACUCUCUUAGGGGUAAUAGUUUGUUGCUGCUAAACAGCUGCUUUCUGUCUGUUCCAGAAUCAGUUAAAGAAACACAACAGUUGCAGUUAGAUGUCAAGAACAACAAGGAUCACCUGACCUCAGUGAUGGAAUCUCUCAAGCAGCUGUCGGUGCUCAAAUCUCUCAGCAGAAAUGUUGCUUCACUCAAAUGCUCCCUCCAGCUCAUCAUCAACAACAGUUCAUCAGGUCAAUGUUGUCCUCUUGACUGGAUUUCGUUUGGCUCUAACUGUUAUCACUUCAGUACAGAGUUUCUGUCCUGGAAUAAGUCCAAAGACUGGUGUGAGAAUCAGGACGCUCACCUGGUGAUCCUGAACAGUGACCAGGAGUGGGACUUUGUGACCAAACACUCUAUUCCUGGGGCGUACUGGGUGGGACUGACUGAUGGAAGGACUGGGAGGUGGGAGUGGGUCAACCAGACCCCAUACAGGAUGGAGCGCAGGCGGUGGUCACCCGGGCAACCUGACAGCUGGACGGGUCACGGUUUCGGUGCCGGGGAUGAGGACUGUGCUCACCUUAACAGUCAUGGAUGGCUGAACGACCUGCACUGUAACAUCCAAUUAAAUUUCAUCUGUCAGAAACGCAGCUCGCACUCCUAAAAACACCUGCUACAGGCUCCGCCCACAAGCUGUUGUCAGGCUGGUUGUGUGUUGAUGUGAUGAGUCAGGAGUGGAAUUAAAGAGACCUGUGUGAAUUGGA